AGUUGAGUAGACAUGUUGUAUUGGUUUGCUAGUUAACUGCUAAAAGGAAUCCAUACAUUGUUUGUGUAUUGAAAACUAAGAAAAGGGCAAUAAUUGAACAUGGAGCCCUUGGAUAGACUGGAGACCCCUGCCUCAAGUCUUGAGACCGUGGCAUUAAAUGGUUUUCAGGCUCCUACGGUUGACAAUGGACAGAAGGACAGCUCACCUGCAGAGAUACUAAGGAUGAAAGAACAGAUGUCAAAUCAAUGUUUUGAGAUGGCAGUGAAGCUCCAAGCAGGAAAAGGCAAAAGAUCUUGCAGUGCAUCUGAUGCUGAGAAAGACUUGCUGGAUUAUGCUAAUACUUUGGAGGAAGCAAAAAUCAUUAAUUUUAACAAGACAUUGGCCUUACACAGGAUGCAGGUGUGGCAUGCCAUCUCUGAGAAGCUGAAACAGAGUGAUCCAGGGGCUGUAGCAAUGAGGGGACUGACCAGUUGUAGCCUAGACCUUUGUUUAAAGAUAAAGACACUUCAGCAGGAAUCAUGUGAGCUGCAGGACCAAAUCACAGACCUUAAAAAGCAGAGGCUAGAUCUAAAGCGUCUCACUCAUGAGAAGAUGAAGGAGAUGGAUGAACUGAAGAGGAAGAGGGAGCACCCAGAGGCAGAGAAGUACAGAAACGUCCUGCAGAAAGGCCAGUCUCACCUGGAGAAGUACCAGAAGAUGGCCACCAUCACACAGAAUGUCCUGCGGGGGAUCAUCAUUGCCAGUAAAGUGAACUGGAGAGACGACCCCAAAUUGAGAGACAUCGCCAUGACGCUGGAGGACAUUCCCAUCUCUGAGGAAUGAGCAUUCUGCAUGGAAGGGAAACAUUUCUGUGACAUUGUUUAUAUGUAUAAUAUGUUCAGUUAUCAAGGAAGAGAGAGAGAGAGAGAGAGAGAGAGAUAUAACAUUAACUGAUGUUAAGAGCGCUUAGUAAAGUGCAUAAUACACUGCAUCAGAGUUGGACAUAUUUUUGUAAUAAACCAUUAGUUGUUUUUACAAUAAAAAGCAUAUUUGU